AUGUGCUACGACCGCUACAUGUCCAUCUGCAAACCCCUGCACUACGGGACCCUCCUGGGCAGCAGAGCUUGUGCCCACAUGGCAGCAGCUGCCUGGGCCAGUGCCUUUCUCAGUGCUCUCAUGCACACGGCCAAUACAUUUUCCCUGCCCCUGUGCCAUGGAAAUGCCCUGGGCCAGUUCUUCUGUGAAAUCCCACAGAUCCUUAAACUCUCCUGCUCCAAAUCCUACCUCAGGGAACUUGGGCUUCUUGCUGCUAGUGCCUGUUUAGCAUUUGGUUGUUUUGUGUUCAUUGUUUUCUCCUAUGUGCAGAUCUUCAGGGCCGUGCUGAGGAUCCCCUCUGAGCAGGGACGGCACAAAGCCUUUUCCACCUGCCUCCCUCACCUGGCUGUGGUCUCUCUGUUUCUCAGCACUGGCUGUUUUGCCCACCUGAAGCCCCCCUCCCUCUCCUCCCCAUCCCUGGAUCUGGCCCUGUCAGUUCUGUACUCAGUGGUGCCUCUAGCCCUGAACCCCCUCAUCUAC